AUGGAAGGUCGAGACUCACAUACUGAGAAUCUGUAUUCCAAAGUGGAACCAACCACGCCACUGCUACCCGGGGUUCCGUUGAACACAUCCCACCGUAACGACAACGACUACCUCCAGUAUCCGUCCGCCAGUAGUAUAACUUCCCACGAAAUCGACACAAGCCGAGAACAGCUGCAGCAGUCGAUGCCUCUGUUCUCACCUGGUUGCCAUGCCACGCCUAUUGGUGUACGUGUGUCAAUAAAAAAAUACGCUUCCGGUUCGAGUUGGGUACCCCCUCAAGCCCUCCCACAACCCCUCCUCUACUCAAGCCAGUCGGCCGGUGGUUGCCUUGUCACUGGGAUUUGCGGGCUGCGAUCUCAUUUUACUGGCUGGGGUGUUUGUGUUGCUAUGGCCACAGUUGAGGCAGCAGCCGUGGCAACCGGUGGGGAGGGGUGGGAGGCAAGUGACCACGCUUGUCCCCCUCUGACCUACUUCGCGGUGAUGGAGACUGUACGUGACCUCGUUCACUGA